UGCAUAUAGAGGACCAUGGCCUGUCCUAGAAGUCAAAGGAGGAGAGGACAGACCAUUAUACACCAUAGAGAUUCCACUGCAUCUCCACACGUACCCUGUUUUCCGUGCGUCAAAGCUACUACUGUGCACCACCAACGACAGAUUUCCUUCGCGAAGGUCAAUGAUUCCGCCAGAUAUGGAUGGCGCCUAUGAUAUAGAUCGCAUAGUGGAAGAGGACGUGUUCAGAAGCGGAGGGCAAGGCCGUCCCCAGAAGCAAUACAAAGUCAGAUUCGCAUAUCAGGAGCCGGAGGACGACGGAGGCCAGGUGCAUUCGUGGAUUGGCUUGGCUGCACGGAUGAGCUUCUCUCUCCGGAUAGACUGGAUGGGCGGCGCACCGUGCUCAGAGGCCGACGUGCAUCAUACUCCGCCCCUACGACGGCUGAAUUCAUUGUACCUCCAACUGAUAGGCGGAGCGCAAGCAUUCAUGACACACAUGGCCGCGACUCUUGAGUGUACCAUCGCCACCCUCCACCUGAAGAUCACGUGGGAGGAGUUUGAGAAGAAAUGGAAGACCCGGUUCAUGGUGAACAAUGACAAGCGUCACACCUUGAACAAGAUUUUCCACAUCGUCCAAGGCCGGCAACCUUUGCGGGAAUGGCUGACGGAGUGGCAAAGACUUGUUGCCACCCCGGAGUUGAACCUACCGUUCGACUCGAUCCGAGGCGAAUUCUUCGCCCGAUCCUGCGACGCCUUGACUGCUGCUCUCGGCAGCAAAUACGAGUAUAAGAACUUUGAUGACAUGAUCGCCAAAGCCAGAGAGCUUAUACAAGGUAACCGGCGUGCAGCUAACGAAACUCGUCAGCAGCCCGGUUACGUGGAGAAAGGAAAAGGUCAACGGACGCCGCAAGUAGCAGCAGUCCAGCAAGGACAAAGUGAGGACUACGCAGCCGCUUCGACAUCAAGUGACGGAGAUGUGGCGGCAGCGAUACCACCGCAACGCUCAAAACCCCGAGGGGGAAAACAGAAGGCGAAACCAGCAUCGGCGGAUGGAGCACGACAGGCACCAUGGACGAAGUUCGGGAUUACCGAGGACAUGUUCAAGUUGCGACAGAAAUGGGGAUGUUGUUUGUGGUGCAAUAUCACCAAGCACAUCACCAGUGCAUGCCUCGACAAGGACAAAGAAAAUGUCAAGCUACCACCUCCGUCGACGGACGGCGGAGUAGUGGUUGUUGACCUUUGCAAUUUUCUUGCGAAGAUCGACCGCGAGUACGCAACGCAACGGUACGUCGACACCGGCGCACCGCUCCUCUACAUCCGCAUUCAGAUCGGAAAGGCGACCUGCAGUGCCUUGAUCGAUUGUGGAGCGACUCGGAACUACAUCAGCCAAGACUUCAUGGCACGCGCCGGGCUAGGCCCGCGCGUUCGAAGGAAAAGUCAGCCUACGCACGUCAUGUUGGCCGAUGGUCACACGCAAAAGUCAAUCGACCGAUGCGUUGACUCGGUGCCCGUGUACUUCGCCCCGCUAGCAAGCGAGGCCGUGUCCUUCGACAUAUUGGACACCAAGUUCGAUAUGAUCCUAGGCAUGUCGUGGCUGCAAAGCGAAGACCAUUCGGUGAACUUCCAUCGCCGCACCGUUCACGUUCGUGAUCGGCAUGGCGAACUAGUCCCGUGUACGGUGCUGCUUCCUCAUCCUUCGAUUGGUUGUCACGUGGUAUCCGCGGCGAGCAUUCGCCAAUCCAUCCGGCGAAACGACAUCGAGGAGAUGGGCAUAUGUUUUCUUCACGCCCUCCCACCCGGUGAUCAGCCCAAGACGGAUACGUCGGAUCCACGCAUCAUUGAGUUGUUGGACAGCUAUGGGGAUGUCUUUCAAGCUCCCGCCGGACUCAUACCGGAUCGGCCCAUACGUCACGGGAUCACUCUCGAGGACGGCGCCGUACCUCCGCGCGGAUGUAUCUACCGCAUGAGCGAAGAGGAACUUCAAGUGCUUCGAGCACAACKAGACRMCCUCUUGGCCAAGGGCUGGAUUCGCCCUAGCUGCUCGCCAUACGGUGCUCCCGUUCUCUUCGUCCGGAAGAAGAACAAGGACCUUCGGUUGUGCAUCUACUAUUGUAAACUCAACGCACAAACGAUCAAGAACGCCGACCCUCUCCCUCGGAUCGAUGAUCUUCUCGAGCGACUCGGCGGCGCCAAGUACUUCUCCAAGCUAGACCUCAAGUCCGGUUAUCACCAGAUCAAGAUUCAGCCAAGAGAUCGGUACAAGACCGCAUUCAAGACGCGGUAUGGGCACUUUGAGUGGAUCGUCAUGCCUUUCGGUCUCACCAAUGCCCCGGCUACUUUCCAAGCGGCUAUGACGACGGAAAUCCGAGACUUGCUCGACCGCUCCGUACUCAUUUCCCUCGAUGACAUCUUGGUUUAUAGUCGGUCGCUGGACGAGCAUCUCGAGCAUCUUCGCGACGUAUUGGAGCGGCUUCGUAUCGCCAAGUACAAGGCAAACCGCGACAAGUGCGAGUUUGCUCAGCAAGAGUUGGAGUACUUGGGCCAUUAUGUCACGCCACAAGGCAUUCGUCCGCUCGCGGACAAGCUACAAGCUAUUCAAGAUUGGUCGGACCUCAAGUGUACUACCGACGUCCGUUCCUUUCUCGGCUUGGCAUCGUUCUACAUGCGCUUCGUCAAAGGAUUUCAACACAUCGUUGCACCAUUGUCACAACUUCAGUCCCCCUUGGUGCCUUUCGAGUUCAGCGAUGAGGCCCGGCAUCCGUUUCACACGCUGAAGACGGCUUUGCUUCAAGCUCCCGUCCUAAGCAUCUAUGACCCGACGUUGCCUACCAAAAUUGGCAUCCGGUUGAGUAUUUCAGCCAAAAGGUGCCGCCCAUCAACACUCUUGAUGAUGCGAGGAAGAAGGAAACUCCUAGCUUUUGUCUCCGUACUUAAGCGUUGGCGUCACUUUCUCCUCGGGCGUCGGCGAUUCACGUGGGCAACGGACAACAACCCGUUGACAUAUUACAAGACGCAAGACACGGUGAGCAGCACGAUCGGUCGGUGGAUGUAUUUCAUUGACCAGUUUGACUUCACCUCCAAGCACAUUUCGGGCUCCUCGAACAAGGCGGCGGAUGCUGUCUCGCGAAGACCCGAUCUUUGCGCCAUGGUACACUCCACGUUCGGCCUCGACGAGGACCUCCAACAACAUUUCGUAAACGGCUACAAGUCGGAUCCRGGAUUCUCCACACUYUACGCGRACUUAUCAUCSGACCAACCGCCGGCAAGCAACUAUCGCAUCACCGACGGCUACUUGCUCCUCCAUACGCGAGGCAAGGACUUGUUGUGUGUUCCCCAAGACCGCAUCUUGCGCACUCGCCUCCUUGGCGAAUACCAUGAUUCGCGGCUGGUAGGACACCUUGGCGUCGCACGCACACUAGCACGACUCCRCCRGCRUUUUCACUGGYCGGACAUCAUCAACGACGUCAACCAGUACAUUCAGUCAUGUGCAGUUUGCCACCGGAAUAAAGGGCGCCAUCAGCUCCCUUAYGGMGAACUGAAACCAYUGCCGAUAYCKCGGGCACCARGUCUCUCCAUUGCUAUGGAUGUGACCGGUYCUUUCCCUCGCGAUCGCCUUGGUCAUGAUGGUAUUCUCACGGUCGGUGACCGUUUGAGCAAGUACGCUCGAUUUCUUCCAUGCAAGUAUCAUGCGACGGCUCCCGAGCUCGCACGACUUUUGCAUACCGGCUGGUUUUGCAGCCACGGCGUUCCGGAAGACAUCGUCAGCGACUGCGACACUCGUUUCAUGUCGGCCUUUUGGGCGGCACUCAUGGUGGAAUCCGGCACCAGCAUGAAACCGAGCUCCGCACGGCAUCCUCAAAUGGAUGGGCAGACGGAACAUGCGCACCAGACUGCGCAGAUGAUGCUCCGCACACUCAUCCGCCCGGAUCAGAAAGACUGGGUUGACCGCCUUCCCGACAUCGAGUUCGCCUACAACACUUCGGUGCACCCGGCGAUCGGCGUAACUCCAUUCGAGUUGCACCACGGCGGACGGAAAGGACGUAUCUUCGCAGACGUUUUGCUUCCACGGGCUGCCGAUAUAGACGCCGCUUGCUCCCCCGCUUCUACACGGAAGUACAGGGAACUGCUGGCCAAAGCCCGCGCUAACAUGCAAAAGGCUCAGGUGCAUAUGCUGCAGCAAGCGAACCGGCGUCGCAUCCCAUGUCCAAUUCGCGCCGGCGACCUAGUUGGGUCACCUCCGAGGAAUUCGCGCUCGAGCAGGAUGUCUCGCGCAAGCUCCUCUUUGAAGUGGUUUGGACCAUGGAUGGUCACUUCAGCAGCUGGCGACGACCCCGCGGGUCCAUCAUUCAUCAUUGAGAUUCCCCCGCAUUUGACGGUACACCCGAUCUUUCACGCUUCGAAGCUGGCGGUUUACACUCCAACCUCCGCAGCGGACUUCCCGAGCAGACGGUCACAGGACCCUCCUUCAAUGGAUGGCCAUCAGGAGGUCGACCGGGUUCUCACGCAUCGCAAGCAUGGCAACAAGCCAAUGCAGUACAAAGUUACACUCAAGCAAUGCGAUCCGAAUGACACACGCUGGAUCUCAAGAGCUGAUCUGAAGGCAUCAGCACCCCUCAUCUUCGAGCAUUAUGAAAAACAGCGACUUGCUAAGGAAGCUGCCCAACCUGCCCGCCCUGUAUGGACAUCGGACAGACAGCUUCGCCCUCACAGUUAGCUCGGUCCUCCAAGGGGGGGAGUGUGUGGCAUACUGAGCCACUCGGGCCCCAGUUAGGGCCCGGUUCCAAGACAG